UAACUUAUUUCAACCAAAUUAUCAUAUUAAGUUCAAAUAUAUGUAAUUACAAACAUUUUACUUAAUGUGCUUCAUUUGUAGAUUAAAGGUCUCUCAUUUCACAUCAAGUGGAGAUGGCAUCAAAUGUUACAGUGCAAUCAGUGUUGGAGAAGAUUUGUGUGGAUCAUCUGGAAUGCUACAUCUGCACCAACCGUUUCAGGCAGCCCAAACUGCUGGACUGUUUGCAUAGUUUUUGCCUGCAAUGCCUCCAAGAGCUCAUACAGAGCCAAGAUCCUAGUGGUACAAAGCUGAUAUGUCCUCUGUGCAGACGUGAAACCAUGUUGAAAGGGUCUGGGGUUGCUGAUCUCCCUAAUAACUUUGCAUUCAGUGCCCUGGUGGAGGAAGUUACAAUGCAGGAAAAGCUACUGGAAGGUCAAGGGUCAGAGAUCAAAUGUCAAAACUGUGAUGAGGAGAAUCAGGCAAUUUCAAGAUGCAUGGACUGUGCUCAUUUCUUAUGUCAUGAAUGUCAAAAGGCUCAUGGGCGUAUGACCCUAAUGAAAUCUCACAAAAUACAUACACUGACUGAACUUCGAUCAGGAGAGAUUGUCUACAAGAGUAAACUAAGAGAAGAAAUUCCAAAAUGCGGCAAGCAUCCAGAUCAGAAUCUCAAUGUCUACUGCAACACAUGUGAGCAAGUCAUAUGCCUUAUGUGUACUGUUCUCGAUCAUGGGAAUCCAAAACAUUCCCUCAUCGGCCUAUCUGAGGCUUUCGAAAAGUGUAAGAAAAAAGUUGAAGAACUUGUCUCAAAAGUUAGUAAGAGUAAAACAGAACUGAACACCACCAUAGAGAAGACUUGCACAACUCGCAAGAAACUUGACAUCAUGUUUGCAAACACCAAAAAGAAAAUAUCAGAAAAAGCUGACCAAGAGGUUGCCAACAUCCGACAGGAGGAGCAGAAACUAUUAACAGAGACUGACAGGAUUUACCAAGAGAGAAUCACAACGUUUGAUGCAGCUCAAGCCAAUAACAGCAAAGAGGUGACACAGACAGAGCACAAGCUGGAAGAGGUGAAACAACUCAUGAAUCAAGCAAGUUGCUGUGAGAUUCUUGAACUUCAGCAGAAGCUCUUGCAUAACCUCAGUGAAUUGACAGGGAAGCAGCCAGAGCAAGUCCCUGACAAGUUGACCUUCAUGGACUUUGAAGAAGGUGAGAGGUCACUUGGGAGACUCAUUCUGGAGGAAGAGCCAAAGGCUGCAGCAAAGCAAUCACCAAGACCUGGAAGAUCACAAUGCCAAAAGGCUCAUGAACGUAUGACUGUCAUCAAUUUGCACAAAAUCUAUACACUGGCUCAACUUCGAUCAGGAGAGAUUGCCUACAAGAGUAAACUCAGAGAAGAAGUUCCAAAAUGUGGCAAGCAUCCAGAUCAGAAUCUCAAUGUCUACUGUGACACAUGUGAGCAAGUCAUAUGUCUCAUGUGUACUGUUCUUGAUCAUGGGAAUCCAAAACAUUCCCUCAUUGGCCUAUCUGAGGCUUUUGAAAAGUGUCAGAAAAAAGUUGAAGAACUUGUCUCAAACGUUAGUAAGAGCAAAACAGAACUGAACACCACCAUAGAAAAGACUUGCACAAACCGCAAGAAACUCGAAGUCAUGUUUGCAAACACCAAGAAGAAAAUCUCAGAAAAGGCUGACCAAGAGGUUGCCAAGAUCCGACAGGAGGAGCAGAAACUGUUAAAAGAGACUGACAGGAUUUACCAAGAGAGAAUCACAACGUUUGAUGCAGCUCAAACCAAUAACAGCAAAGAGGUGACACAGACAGAGCAAAAGCUGGAAGACGUGAAACAACUCAUGAAUCAAGCAAGCUACUAUGGUGCCAGUGUAUUCUCAGUAGACAUGACCAGCAACAUGCAGAGGGGUGGGCACCCUAAAGGUGUGUGCUGUGACAGUGAUGGCAGCAUCUAUGUUGCUGAGUGGGGAUAUCCAACAGGUGAUAUUCUACAUUACAGUCCUGAUGGCAAGUACAUUGGAUGUGUGAUCAAGGAAUGUGAUGAUCCAAGUGGCAUCACAUUCACAUCGCAUGGUGAUCUGGUAGUGGCUGCAGGACAGUCUGUACAGAUCUAUCACCGACUGUAA